AUGCCCGACGCCACACUGCCUGCCUGCUUCCUCGGCCUGCUGGCCUUCACCUCCGCUUGCUACUUCCAGAACUGCCCAAGGGGCGGCAAGAGGGCCAUGUCCGACCUGGAGCUGAGACAGUGUCUCCCCUGCGGCCCCGGGGGCAAAGGCCGCUGCUUCGGGCCCAGCAUCUGCUGCGGGGACGAGCUGGGCUGCUUCAUGGGCACGGCCGAGGCGCUGCGCUGCCAGGAGGAGAACUACCUGCCGUCGCCCUGCCAGUCGGGUCAGAAGCCGUGCGGGAGCGGAGGCCGCUGCGCCGCCGCCGGCAUCUGCUGCAACGACGAGAGCUGCGUGACAGAGCCCGAGUGCCGGGAGGGCGCCAGCUUCCCUCGACGCGCCCGGGCCAGCGACCUGAGCAACGCGACCCUGCUGGACGGGCCGAGCGGGGCCUUGCUGCUGCGGCUGGUACAACUGGCGGGGGCGCCGGAGCCCGCUGAGCCCGCCCAGCCCGGCGUCUACUGAGGCGCCCCCACCCCACCCC